AUGCUCGCAUUGCUACUCCUCUGUGCGUCAUGGGUAAUGACAGUACUAGCAAUACCCUCAUUUGAGGGUGUGACGAGCUGGACGGACAUCGGGUCGCUCGUACCAGGAAUGACGACCCUGGAAGCCAUUGGGCCUUCCUCCUGGGACGACAGUGGGAAAAACCCCUUCUACUUCACGAUUGAUGCGCCGCAUGGCCUCACAGGCAAUGCCACGGUGAAGAAGGACAGCGCGCCACCCUUGUUUUACAUUCACAACAAUCAGCUGUGGAACUUCCACAACGCAUCCACAAUCUAUCCCGUAAAUACCGUAAACGCCACCAAAUCAUCUCAGUUGCCGCUGCAGGUCGUCGUUGGCAAGCCCGGGAGCGACGUUGUUAAAGGGGGUAGCUGGAGGUGGCAGGGGACAAUGCUCCUCUACGAGUACGGAUCAACGAACAACAGCGGGGUUUACUAUUCGUGCCAAGACACAAACGGCCUUAUGGGGCUCUUCUUGUUUUUACGAGGGUGA